UCUCUCACAAAAUUCAUUCAUUCCCAAAAAUGAAUACCCCACACUUUCUUGCCUUCCUCCUCCUCGCCUCCCUCCACUACUCCGCCCUCUCCGACUCCGGCAGCGUCGGAAUCAACUACGGCCGCCUCGGCGACAACCUCCCCUCCCCCGCCAAAGUCGUCCAGCUCCUCAAAUCCCAAGGCGUCACCAAGGUGAAGCUCUACGACUCCGACUCCUCCGUCCUCUCCGCCUUCUCCGGCUCCGGCAUCUCCCUCACCCUCGGCCUCCCCAACGACAACCUCGCCUCCGCCGCCGCCUCCACCUCCUACACCGACUCCUGGGUCGAAUCCAACGUCCUCCCCUUCCACCCCAAAACCACCAUCGAGGCCAUCGCCGUCGGCAACGAAGUCUUCGCCAACUCCGCCACCACCCCCACCUCCGCCCUCCUCCCCGCCAUGAAAAACGUCUACGCCUCGUUAGAGAAACACAACCUCUCCUCCUCCAUCAAAAUCUCCUCCCCCGUCGCCCUCAGCGCCCUCAACUCCUCCUACCCUCCCUCCGCCGGCGCCUUCAAACCCGACCUCAUCGAGCCCGUCAUCAAGCCGAUGCUCCACUUUCUCAAUCAAACCAAUUCAUAUAUGAUGGUGAACGCGUAUCCAUUCUUCGCGUACAUCGACAACACCGACACCAUCUCCCUCGACUACGCCCUCCUCCGUAACUCCGCCGCCGGAAACCCCGACUCCGGCAACGGCCUCGUCUACAAGAGCCUGUUCGAGGCGCAAACCGACGCCGUUUUCGCUGCCAUGUCCGCAGUCGGGUUCAAUGACAUUAAGAUCGUGAUCACGGAAACAGGAUGGCCGUCGAAGGGAGACGAGAAGGAAGUCGGAGCGACUCCGGAGAACGCCGCGGCGUAUAACGGAAACCUCGUCCGCCGCGUGCUCAGCGGGGGAGGGACGCCGCUCCGGCCGAAGGACUCGCUGAAUGUGUUCCUGUUCGCGCUUUUUAAUGAGAACCAGAAAACCGGCCCCAUGUCCGAGAGGAACUACGGACUUUUCUAUCCGAACGAGGAUAAGGUGUAUGAUAUACCGCUAACAUUAGACGGACUAAAUGGAAAGCCGAAUAAUACUGAGAGCAAGGCGCAGGUGCCGGCGCCGGCGGCGACGGCUGUGGUGGCGGCGGAGCCAGCGCCGGCGGUGAGGGCGGCGGGGCAGACGUGGUGUGUGGCGAGUGAGAAUGUUGGGGAGGAGAAGCUGCAGGCGGCGUUGGAUUACGCUUGUGGAGAGGGAGGGGCGGACUGCCGUCCGAUCCAGCGGGAGGCGGCGUGUUUCAAUCCCAACACGGUGGAGGCGCACGCUUCUUACGCAUUCAACAGCUACUAUCAGAAGAAUUCGCGGCUGAGCGGGAGCUGUGAUUUCGGUGGCGCCGCUCAUGUGGUUACACAAGCUCCUAAAUUUGGCAGUUGCGAUUUCCCCACCGGUUACUAAAUUGCAGAUUUUUGGAGCAAGUUGUGGAAUUUGAUGAUUCUGGGGCUUAUUCAUUGAUUUGUUAAUGAUAUUAGUAUUUUCCCAGUAUUAGCAAAUAUUUAUACUAUUGUACUUAAAUUCUUUAUUUUUAUAUUACUACAGAGUGCGUUUAGUUUUAUGAA